CCAAUAUCAUGACUAUUUGUGUAUGGAUUUUAGUCAUUUUUUUAAAAAAGACUAAAAAAGACUUCAGAGUAGUCCAUAAAUCAACAACUUCUGAGUUAUGACUACUAGAACCCAAGAUAUUCACUUGUCAGUAAGAGACAAGUUAUUUUGUUCCUGACAGGCACCCCUAAAAUAAAAAUCCCAUUAUUUUGAAUUUUGAUAAAUCGAUUUUAAGAUUAUAUUAAUUACAUUUGGCAAUUUAAGUUCGGUCCUUCUCAAAAAUAUUAUAAACGCCGCCAUUUUGUUUCUGUUCUGAGUAAAUUCAAGAUGGCGUCCGUCUCUCGUUAUGAGUCACACCCAAUUAAACGUGAGUAAUGAGGGACGGGUAAAACUAUAACAUGUGUGAUAAUCAUCAGUAUGAUUUCAUAAAUGCUAAAAAUACAUUAUUUUUGAUAAUUUCGUAGCGGGCAAUAUUAUCAAUCAAUCGUAAAAAGAUAAGAUAAACGUUUUUUUUUUUAUUUAACACCCGGUUAGAUCAUACUACGUUAUAUUAUGUGUAUUCAACCUCAACUCAAGAUAUCAUCCAAAUAGGUGUUUAAAUGAUCUUUGAACUAGUGCAACAAUAAAUAGAUUGUUUUCAGUUGAACGCAGUGAGGCAGAACCAUGAAGGCAGAAUCGUUCGAGGUGCAAUAUGGAUCGGACAAGUAUAAUAUUUAUAGUUUUUUGAAUAAUCAUCCGGGAGGCGUCAAUUAUAUCGCGCCAUACAAGGAGAGGGACGUUGGAAAAAGGAUGGAAGACACCAAACACUCUAGGGCCGCCUACUAUUUAUUCGAAGAGUAUAAGAAGGACGGGAGAAGAAGAAGAAGACAAAAUGGCAAAAGUCCCGAAGAUUUAGAGAAAUUAGUAGACUGGAACAAACCGAUGUUAGUCCAAGUAGGCAGCUUAGGAACCAAAUACAAAGAAUGGGUGAUCUCGCCCGUCGAUCGAACCUUAACGCUAUUUGGCAACCCUGUCCUGGAAAGUCUGACAAUCACACCGUGGUAUGUCGUGCCCAUAGUAUGGAUACCAAUUAUCAUUUAUCUAGUCAAGUUGGGGACAAAACGUUAUGUGGACAUUACUAAUGGUAAACUAUUUCUUAUCCGUGACAUUAUCGUUAUGCACGUGUCAUUUAUUCUAGACAGUUCCCCCAGUAUAUCAGUAUUAACUUAUAUCAGCUCAGGGAUCUUAAUAUGGACCUUCCUAGAAUAUUCUUUGCACAGAUGGGUGUUUCACAUGGAACCUUCAGGACGUUCCAGGCUAAUGAUUUACAUUCAUUUCGCCAUACACGGUCUGCACCAUAAAGUUCCGUUCGACACAAGACGUUUGGUGUUUCCCCCAGUUCCGGCCGCCAUUAUCGCCCUCACACUGUAUAAAUUCUUUUCGAUAUUCCUGCCGGAGUCUUGUAUAAUCUUAGUGGUAGCGGGAGCCCUCAUAGGUUAUGUCACUUACGAUAUGAUUCACUUCUAUUUGCACUAUGGGGCACCGAGUGAGGAUAGUUACUUUUAUCAUUUAAAGCGGUACCAUAAUCAGCAUCAUUUUGCUCAUCAUGAUAGCGGGUUCGGUAUAAGCAGCAUAUUAUGGGAUAAAAUAUUUGGUACUGCCAUAAGAUUAAGGAAACUAGGCAUGGGUAUUCGAUGGUAGUGUUAGUUAUAAUUUUUAUACCUUGUACAGCAUAGAAAAUAAAAAACCAGUUUAAACAU